AUGAGCGUUUCGUUUGUCCCCUUGACGACCGUUAUUGAUACGGCGUUUUGGGAUCUGGUGAACAAAGGAAAACUAAACCAUUGGAAGCUUGAUGAAGCGCCGAUUUUUCAAGUAGUUUCGGACGGUACUUGGCUCGAAGAGCCGGCGCUGCUGAACACAUUUGUUCUGACGGUCCAUGCGGACUUGAAAAAGUUUGUCUACAGUUAUUGGAAUUGUAUACCAGCCGUGGGUUAUCCGGAAAAUGUCAUGUUCAAAGCGGCCCCCAAAGAGGUCGAACCACAAUUGAACGAGCGUCUGGUCAGAUAUUACCAGGAAGCCGGACAACUGCCAAUUUUCGUUUACUGCAACGACUCCUGCGUAACGCUAGCUGAAUGGAAGAAUGCUGGGUUCCCCACUGCAGCCUUGGUGGUGGCUGACCCGUCGACCGAGCCAAUGGUCCCCGGGUGGACGGUUAGGAACGCGCUGGCGGCUUUUUCGAUGACGACGCUCAACUGGGAAGAAUACAAUGUGAUAAGUCUUCGAGCUGGUCUUCCCUCCCUCUACUACUCGGUCUCUGGCGCGACUCCCGGUUUAUCGGCACCGCCGAAGGGCUUCGGGUGGGAGCGAUCGUCAAAUGGGAAAUUGGAGCCGACCCGGGUCGAGAUGAAGUCACAAUUCGAUCCGAUUAGCCUGAUGGAGCAAAGCGUCGAUCUCAACCUCUCCCUGAUAAAAUGGAGAUUGGUGCCAGAGUUGAGAUUGGAACGAUUUAAAGCCCUUCGCGUGCUCAUCUUCGGUGCUGGGACGCUUGGCUGUAACCUGGCGCGCUCGCUACUCGGCUGGGGUGUUCGGCACUUCACCCUCGUCGACAACUCGAACGUCUCCUACAGUAAUCCCGUCCGCCAAUCGCUCUCCGAGUUCGAGGACGCGCGCCUGGGCCGUCCAAAAGCCGAAUGCGCGGCUGAAGCUUUACGUCGGAUUCUGCCGACCGUCUUUGUGGAGCCUGUACAAAUGACUGUUCCGAUGCCCGGACAUACAGUGUCAAAAAAUGGGGAGGCUGAACUUGAAGAAACGGUUCGAAAACUAGACGAACUCAUCCAGAAACACGAUGUCGUCUACCUGGCCCUUGACAGCCGAGAGGCUCGAUGGCUGCCCACAGUUGCCUUCAGCGUAGCUUUGGGCUUCGACACGUAUGUGAUCAUCCGCCACGGCAUCGGCCAGUACCAGCCGGAUCAAUCGAUAUCACCGACAUCAGUCAGGGACAUCGUACCUUACCCAAAAUUGGCCUGCUACUUCUGCUCCGACGUGACGGCACCUGGAAAUUCGACGACAGAUAGGACCCUCGACCAGCAGUGUACGGUAGCUCGGGCCGGGCUUUCGAUGAUAGCUUCCGGACUGGCAGUCGAAUUGCUAUCGUCGGUGCUUCAGCACGAGACACCACUCGAGGCGCCUGCUUUCAUGGGGGACGGUCCAUCUGACGAAGCCGGAGGACUACUCGGAUGUGCUCCCCACCAAAUUCGAGGAUUCAUCCACCGAUUUCAACAAAUGACGCCCUGCGUCCGUCGUUUUGACCGCUGCAUCGCAUGCGGAUUCGCCGUCUGCGAUGCCUUCGUGUCGGAUGGGUGGCGCUUGGUCAGGGAUGCGAUGAACAGCCCUGCGACACUCGAAAAGAUUUCCGGCCUUGACCAGCUACAGGCCAGCGUCGAAGAGGUGGACAUUGACUUUGCGAGCGAUGACGGGUCGUCUGUAAUCAGCGGCGUC